AUGACCUCUUACGCAUCUUCAGCAAGCUCACCUUCAAGUCUCCAAAAUCUCAGCCCUGAGCACAACGGCUACGUGCAAGGAGGCAGUCACUUUGAUUCUCUGACCCGUCAGUACUCAUAUUCUGACCGUGCAUCUUGGGAGGAGACCUCCGACCUGGCCAUGGCGCAACAGGACGUCAGUGUUGUCAUGGGCGAAGCCCUUUUCCACCUUGAGCGAAUCACAGAGCAUCUUCGCGAAAAGGGCUCCAACAGUGCAGCGAAUGAAAUUGCAAAGAAUACAAUCUCCAUCCUCAAUAUCUUUAACGACGCAAUAGCUGACUGGGACAUCGAAAAAUUUCUGAUGAAGGCUGUUCCGGCAAUCACAGCAAACGCUUCAGUAGCUGGGGGAGAAAGCGCAGCGGUGAGGAAGAGUGUAGACGCGAUCAGCGAACACGUCAAGAAGAUGAAAUCUGGCACUUGGGCUUCAGUAGCAGCGACUGCAACUUAUGAAGGCAACUGCAUCGUCAAGUUUCGACCCACGGACGGAAUCACACGAACCGUGACAGAGGACUUGACUAUCCCCGUCAGACCACAAGAUGCACGCGUCAUUUGGAUCAAGCCUUGGAAUUUGGAGAAGAAGUCCCUAAGCGAUAUCACCGAGAAGAUAGACCAAGGUCCUCUGUUUUCUAUUGCGCAUUCACAACCAGACAAUGCUGUCUGUGUCAUCUUCCAGCACGCUUACCAUGCCCGAGCUUUCCUGGAGGCCAAUAUACGGUAUUCAAGAAUAUACGGCCAAAGUUUGUUUGGCCCUGGCUGUGAAGUUCUCGAAGGGCAAGCAUAUCCUGCGACUGAGGAUAUUAGGCGCAUGGAUACGAGAAAUGAAAGACGCCGCCUAACCUUUGCCCGCGGCCGAUUGUUCACCAACGGCAUGACGGAGGCUCGUUUUAAGAAUGACAUCUUUAGUAUGGUUGGCGAAGGUAAUGUGGAGCUUGUAUGGCUCUUUAAUACUGGCAAUGCGACUGUCGUCUUCUCUGCCACAGUCAUAGCCCGAACCGUGAGAGAAGACUUUUUGAGGCGGGCCGCAUAUCCAGGCCCGUAUCAGGAUGUCAUGGUGUCCUUUUCGCAUGAUCCCUGUGAGCGGCCCCUCAACCUUAUCACCCAGAUGCCAGGUUCUCGAAACGCUGUUGAAGCAAAGCCACACAGUGGAAUGUCCAACCGCGAGUCGAAUGGGAAUUCUAUUGCCAGCAGCGCGUUCGGUAGGCCCAUCACAGCCUCACCGAGUCGAGGUCAGUGUCGAGCUGUGGACGCCGAAGGGUGGCAGAAGGUUGGAAGACGCAAGUAG